UGAAGUCAGUGUAAUAAAAAUAUUAUUAUUGGCGCGCGGGUUGUAAUCCUUCAUUCAACAAUUUAUAAUUCAUUUAACAACAUCUUUUAUAAAAACAAUACCUAAGAUAAAUAUAUUUAUUAAAUAAAAUGCAAGCAUUUCUUAAAACAGGCAGGACCACAACUUCUGAUAAAACGCAAGCCAGUACUAGCGGUGCCGGUGCACCUAGCGCUGAACGCCGAAAACCUCCAGCGCCAUGGGUAGAAAAAUAUCGCCCGAAGAGCGUAGACGAUGUCGUCGAACAGUCAGAAGUUGUUGCAGUCUUGCGAAAAUGUGUGGAAGGUGCCGAUUUGCCAAAUAUGCUUCUUUACGGACCACCCGGAACUGGUAAAACUAGUACAAUUCUAGCAGCUGCACGACAAAUUUUCGGAGAUAUUUAUCGUGAGCGCAUAUUGGAACUUAACGCCUCCGAUGAGCGUGGUAUUGCAGUUGUACGUACAAAAAUUAAGAAUUUUGCUCAACUGACCGCCAGCGGCACACGACCAGAUGGACGACCAUGCCCACCAUUUAAAAUUAUCAUUCUUGAUGAGGCUGACUCAAUGACUCACGCGGCACAAGCAGCAUUACGACGCACUAUGGAGAAGGAGAGUCGUAGUACACGUUUUUGUUUGGUGUGCAAUUAUGUCUCCCGUAUUAUUGAACCAAUCACUUCACGUUGUACCAAAUUCCGUUUUAAGGCAUUGGGUGAUGAACAAAUUAUAGUUCGUUUACGCCAUAUUUGUGAAUUAGAAGGUGUUAAUAUCGAUGAGAAUGCUUAUAAGUCGAUUGUGGAGAUAUCUGGUGGUGAUAUGAGGCGUGCAAUAACUACGCUGCAAUCAUGCUAUCGUCUUAAAGGUGCAUCAAAUACCAUUAGUACAAAGGAUCUUCUAGAAAUGUCUGGUAUUAUACCUGAAAAUUAUUUGAUUGAGUUUUUGGAAGUAUGCCGAGCUGGAAAUUAUUCGAAAUUGGAAGAGUUUGUGCGACAAAUAGGCUAUGAAGCUUACAGUAUUGGUCAAAUGUUAGAGCAAUUCAAUGAAUACGUGCUAAGAUGUCCUUCGUUAACUAAUAAGCAAAAGGCGCUAAUUUGUGACAAACUAGGUGAGUGCUCGUUUAGACUACAAGAUGGUGGCUCAGAAUACUUACAGAUUAUGGAUUUAGGAUGUGCGAUUAUAUUAGCACUAAAAUAAAAAUUCAAAUAUUUAUUUUAUAUAAGCAAAAUCUAAUAAACUUUAAUUGAAUAAUGUUUUUUUUUUAUGGAAAUAAAAUGUUAUGCAAAAGGCA